AUGUCCUCAGACGACCUCAAGGCGGCCGCCGCCUCAGAUCAAGAUUUCUACGCCCUCCUCGACAUCUCCCCAGCCGCAACCCUUAGUGAAAUCAAGCGCCAAUACCGUCGCACAGCCCUAAAAUACCACCCAGAUAAAAUCUCCAACCCAACCCCAGCAGACAUCGACAAGUUCCACACUCUCCAAAUCGCCCACGAUGUCCUCACAGACCCCGACGUAAAACAACUAUACGACAAUGCGCGCGAAGCCCGGCUGCGCAAGCAGCGUGAGCGUGACAUGCUCGACUCCGCCCGCCGAUCAAUGGUCGAAGAUCUUGAAAAGCGCGAGCGAGCGGGCGCUGCUGCGCAACGCGGACUCAAACGGUCCUGGAUGGAGGAGAACGAUGCGGAAGCGAAGCUCGCUGCAGAGAUUGAGCGCAUUGCGCAGGAUGGACGGCGGAGGCGUAGGGAGGCGCAGGAGAAAUUACAGCGCGAGCUGGACGAGGAGCAGAAGGUUAUUGACCGUGAGGAAGAGGAGGCGCGGAAGGCGGCUGAUCGGAGUACCCAGCGGGUGGACCGGUCUCAGGAGACGAAUGUUUCGGAGCUGGAGCGAUCUGUUAAGGUGCGGUGGGUGCGGGAGGGACGGGGAGUGGAGUUGGAGUCUGAAGGGUUGAGGGGCCUUUUUGCGCCGUUUGGGGCUGUCGAGGCUAUUGUCGUGCUCAAGGAUAAAAGGAAACGAGUGGAAGGGAAGAAAGGGAAGGUUACCUUGGCUACGGGCAUGAUUGUUUUCGCUUCCAUUGUGAGCGCGCAUGCGGCUGUUCUUGAUGGUGAGAAGAAGAUCCGCCAUGCUGGGCCCGGGGAUGGCGACUGGGCUGUUAUUGAUUCGGUGGGCUGGGCAUCGGGUGAUGGGCCGGAUCUGGGGCCAGCUGCCGGUCCGGCUUCCUCUAAGGAUAAAGAGUCAGUCCCGCCAGUCUCGACUACUGAAACGAAUAAAUCGGCUGCACCCCGCGCCUUCAACUUCCCAGGCUUGAACUCGGCACCCAAUUCGGCCAAAGCGCCUUCGUUUGGGUCGUUCGGAUCUGCUGCUGCUUCUAUGAAGCCUCAAGCAUCCUCGUUUAAUGCAUCAGUGAGGCCUGCUGGCAUGCCUACUUUCCAAGACGAGGUUCUUAUGAAGAUGAAAGCUGCGCAGCGUGACAAAGAACGCAAAGCUCUAGAGGAGCAACUUGCGCGUGAAGAUGAUGCUGCAGAUGCUGCAGAGGCUUCGAAUAAAGCCAACGGAGCUUGA